AGCCUGCAUUUUUCGGGAGGGAUCUCUGAUGACUUACGUGAUAGGCGGCAACAAUUUUACGUACUGAAAGUCCAUGCCGUCUGAGCUUAUAUUACUUUAACUCCGCCCAACGAUCUUUUAGAUCAUCUUGCCUUCAGAGGCCGAGGUUUGCAUAUUACAGCGCUUGACAUUGGAGGGAAGCAGCUUGCACAGAAGCAUUCUGAUUGAAGUCCCAGCGAGGAGCACCAUGGGCCGCCGUGUAGCAGUGAUUGGGGCAGGAAGCUCAGGACUGGCCUGUAUCAAGUGCUGCCUGGAUGAGGGGCUGGUGCCUGUCUGCUUCGAGAGCAGCGAUGACAUCGGGGGACUGUGGAGGUACAAGGAGAAUCCUGAGUCAGACCGGGCCAGCAUCUACCACUCUGUUAUCAUCAAUACCUCCAAGGAGAUGAUGUGCUUCAGUGAUUUUCCCAUCCCAGCUGAGUUCCCAAACUACAUGCACAACUCCCUGAUCAUGGACUACUUCCGCAUGUACGCAGAGCACUUCCAGCUCACUCGCCACGUCCGCUUCCAGACCAGUGUCUGCAGUGUGAAUCAGAGGCCUGACUUCUCUCAGUCGGGGCAGUGGGACGUUGUGACUGAGAACCGAGAAGGUCGUAAAGAGAAGCACAUCUUUGACGCUGUGAUGAUAUGCAUAGGACACCAUGUUUACCCCAACAUGCCCUUGAAAGACUUUCCUGGUAUCGAGACUUUUAAGGGGACGUACUUCCACAGCCGUGACUACAAAACCCCAGAAGAGUGGCGAGGGAAGAGGGUGGUUGUGAUUGGGAUUGGGAACUCUGGUGGGGACAUUGCUGUAGAGCUGAGCAGAGUGACUAAGCAGCUGUUCCUUAGCACUCGUCGGGGGGCAUGGAUCUUGAACCGUGUGGGAGACAACGGUUUCCCAUUAGACAUUAGUUUUAACAGGGUGCUAAAUCUACUGCGGGUCAUCCUGCCCUUCAGCCUUCUGUGCAGACUCGGAGAGAGUAGACUAAACCAGCGCUUCAACCACAAGCUCUAUGCUCUGCAACCCAAACACAGGCUGUUCAGCCAGCAUCCCACUGUAAACGAUGAGCUGCCCAACCGUAUCCUCUCGGGCACAGUGUGCGUGAAGCCCAACGUGUGCCAGUUCCAGGGCUCCAGUGUGGUGUUCGAGGACGGCACGGUGGAAGAGGACAUCGACCUCGUGGUCUUCGCCACCGGCUACAGCUUCUCUUAUCCCUUCCUUUCCUCGUCUGUACUCGGUGUUACCGAAAACAGGGCCUCACUUUACAAGUACGUUUUCCCUCCUGAGCUUGAACGCCCCACGCUGGCCAUUAUUGGUCUGGUCCAGCCCCUGGGUGCCAUCAUGCCCGUAGCAGAGAUGCAGGCACGCUGGGCUGCACGUGUGUUCAAAGGGUUGAAUAAGUUGCCUCCCAAGGAUGCCAUGUUGAAGGACAUAAAAGAAAAGGCAGAAACAAUGGCCAAGAGGUAUGUGACUUCUCCGAGGCACACCAUUCAGGUGGAUUACGUCCCUUACAUGGAUGAACUGGCGCGGGAGGUGGGGGUGCGGCCCAACUUCCUGGGCCUGCUGCUGCGAGACCCUCGUGUGGGUCUGAGUGUGCUGCUGGGUCCCUGCACCCCGUACCAGUUCCGGCUGCGUGGCCCGGGACGGUGGGAGGGGGCUCGCCAGGCCAUCCUCACGCAGUGGGAGCGGGUGGCCAAACCCAUGAAGACGCGCCCUGUGCCAGAGUGUCCGCGCUCCUCCACCCUGUCCCUGUUGCUUCCUGUGUCUGUCGCCACUCUGCUACUAGCAGUUCUCUACAUUAAAAAGAACAACCUCACCGUCCUGCAGGACUCUGCCAACAGCCUCUUGGACAGCUGGAAGAUGUACUUUGCAGUGCCUUGAUUGCAGGUGCAUAUUGUGGCAGAAAAAAAGCACUUGUGUUAUAAAUUUUAUCCUGUAAAAAAUGAAUCACUUGCUUGCAAUAUAGAUCAGUGUACUCAUAAUGUAGAUAUGCCUGCAAUAUAGAUCUAGUUAUCCAUCCCAACCAAGAGCCAAAGUACAAACUGUGAAUACAUACAGACUGUAGCCCUAAGAAGCCUGGAGAAAAGAAACAUAAAAAAGCGAUAAACUUAAUUGGCACAAAAGGAGGGAGUGUCAUGGGAUGGGGAUUACAUUUAAUUACAGGCAUUUCGCCAACACUUAUCCAGAGCAACUUACGGAUCUUUUUCAUUUUUAAAAAAAAACAUGGUAUCCAUUUAUGCAGCUGGAUAUAUACACAUAUGUACUGGUGUUGCCUGUUAUAUAUAGAAGUAACGGUGCAAGCAGGAGAAAACCAGCCAUCUCAGUUGUGCGGAACGGAGAGAUCUAGCUGGGCAGGGACGUAGGGCCAGCAGUUGCCACAGGUAUGAUUACAGCUGUGCCCAACUGUGAGUCCCUUUUGUUCCCUGUGUGAGCCCCGACAUUCCUUCUGCAGGCCCUUUUGCCCCUUGCUACUCAUUACUCGUGUUAAUUUCUUGCUACCGAGCUGGGGGAGCUGGCCCCUUCUCUUUACCAGGGUGCAUACAGUACGAUGCUAGCUACGCUAACGCUACUAUAGCUGGGUAUAGUGCUUUAAGAUUGACUGGCGGUUUAGUGAAGCUGUUUAACUCACUGCCCUGUAGGUUAGCACUAAGACAUUAAAAUGUAUGUGAGUUAUAACGGGUAGUCAGUGAAGUGAACUGAGGAUAUGUGUGGCAUUGGCAGGCCUAGGAAGACGGAAGACCGGUCUUACAGUUGCAUUUUGCACUACAAGGGUGUACUUCUUUCAGGUCCACCCGUGAGGAAAAUGGGGGAUAAAAAGCUGUAUAAUGUGACACAAUUAACUAUAUUUUAUGCUUGGACGUAUGGAAAAAUAAUAUCUCUUUUUUCAAGUAGAAUUAAUCUUUAUAAAAAUUUUUUUUUAAAAACAUUGAAUAAUGCUAUUAUUUUCUCAAAAUGAUUGGCGUCAAAAUGAUUGGCAAAUGGCAAUUCAUCAUAAAAUCAAACAAGGCUAAAUCGGCCCCUUAAGACACAGCCAAGUGUGUUCUUUUUCCAUAAUUACUGAAAGAAAAUGACAUUUCCAACCAAUGAAUCGGUUGCUUCAGAGUCAUGGUGAGGCAUUUGAUCUUUCUGUACGACAGUGACAUCUACUGGUGUAUGUAUGUCAUUGCAAUAACCCUAUGGGUAUAUGUAUGUAUGUUACCAGAGAAGGCAAAUGAACUGCAUUUAUAUAGCGCUUUUAUCCAAAGCGCUUUACAAUUGAUGCCUCUCAUUCACCAGAGCAGUUAGGGGUUAGGUGUCUUGCUCAGGGACACUUCGACAUGCCCAGGGCGGGGAUCAAACCGGCAACCCUCCAACUGCCAGACAACCGCCAUGUGAGCCAUAUCAAAUUGUUGUACGUGCUGUAAAAUUGCAAUAAAUUGAAUUACCCAACAAAGUAAAAGUAUCUGUACUACUACAUACACUUUACUGUACAGGCAGUCAUACAGUUCUUGAACAGACAGUAUUGAUUGUUUCCAGGGCUGCAAAAUAACCAGAGGUACAGUAUAAAAUCAUUUCUAAAUAAAUCUAAAUCUGCUAUUUACCAUAAUUUUCUCUCAGAUAAUGAACUGCAACCAUGUCCAACUCUAUGUGACUAAUCAAAGAUUUAUGUCAGUAAUCUGUCCUUCUUUGUGAAAACAAUUAAUAAAUGGCACUGCCUUAUGGU